CAGCCUGAGCUCUGCUUGCAGUACUACAUGAAGGCGGGGGCCGUCAUCCAGGAGGACAUCUCUGAGGCGUCAAUGAUCGUUGGAGUGAAGAGGCCGCCGGAGGAGAAGGUCAUCCCCAGGAAAACCUACGCUUUCUUCUCCCACACCAUCAAAGCCCAGGAGGCCAACAUGGGCCUUUUGGACGACCUGCUGAAGAAGGAAGUCCGUCUGAUCGACUACGAGAAGAUGGUGGAUGCCAACGGUUAUCGGAUCGUGGCCUUUGGCCAGUGGGCCGGUGUUGCAGGAAUGAUCAACAUCCUUCACGGACUGGGACUGCGCUUCCUGGCCCUGGGCCACCACACCCCCUUCAUGCACAUUGGCAUGGCUCACAACUACAGGAAUGUCAGCCAGGCCAUCCAGGCUGUCAGGGACUGUGGCUACGAGAUUUCCAUGGGGCUCAUGCCCAGAUCCAUUGGACCCAUCACCUUCUGCUUCACGGGGACCGGAAAUGUCUCCAAGGGAGCCCAGGAUAUCAUCAACGAGCUUCCUGUGGAAUAUGUGGAGCCUCCUGAGUUGAAGGACGUCUCUGUAACUGGAGAUAUGAACAAAGUUUACGCCACCGUUCUGAGCCGACACCACCACCUGGUGAGGAAGAGCGACGGCAUCUACGACCCCAUGGAGUACGAGAACCAUCCAGAACUCUACACGUCUCACUUCAGGACCAGCGUGGCUCCCUACACAACCUGUCUGAUUAAUGGCAUUUACUGGGACCCCCACACCCCCCGCCUCCUCAGACGAGUUGAUGCCCAGAGGCUCAUCAGACCUCUUAAAUCCCGUUAUGCGUUCAAUGACGGAUCCCCGGCUCUGCCGCACAAGCUGCUGGCCAUCUGUGACAUAUCUGCCGACACCGGAGGCUCCAUAGAGUUCAUGACGGAGUGCACCACCAUCGACAAGCCUUUCUGCAUAUAUGAUGCUGACCAGCACAUAGAUCAUGACAGUGUGGAGGGAAACGGGAUCCUCAUGUGCUCCAUCGACAACCUUCCUGCUCAGCUGCCGAUUGAAGCCACCGAGUACUUCGGAGACCGCCUCUUCCCCUACAUCUGGGAGAUGCUGCUCUCAGACGCCACCAAGCCGCUGGAUGAGGAGGAGUUCAGCCCACAAGUUAGAGAUGCCAUCAUCACCUCUAAUGGAGCUCUCACCCCAAAGUUUGAGUACAUCGAGAAAAUGAGAGAAAAAAGGGAAAAAGCUCAGAUCCUGAAGAAAACAGGGAUGAAGAAAGUCCUGCUGCUGGGUUCAGGGUACGUCUCUGGGCCGGUUGUUGAGUAUCUGACCCGAGAUGAGAAGACUCAGGUCACAGUUGCCUCUGUGGUUCUGAAACAGGCGGAGGAGCUGGCGGCCAAGUAUCCCAACACCAUCCCCAUCAUGCUGGACGCCAGCAGCCAGGAGGGACACCUGGACUCCCUGGUCCAAGAUCAUGAUCUGGUCAUUAGCAUGCUGCCGUACUCCUUCCAUCCCCUGAUCGCCAAACACUGCAUCAGAAGGAAGGUGAACAUGGUGACGGCCAGCUACCUGAGCCCCGCUAUGAAGGAGCUGCAGAGCAGGGUGGAGGAGGCAGGCAUCACCAUCGUGAAUGAGAUGGGGCUGGAUCCAGGUAUUGACCACAUGCUGGCAAUGGAGUGUAUGGACCAGGCCAAAGCUGACGGCUGCACAGUGGAGUCCUACACCUCGUUCUGCGGCGGGCUUCCCGCUCCACAGUGCUCUGACAAUCCUCUUCGCUACAAGUUCAGCUGGAGUCCAUAUGGCGUCCUCCUGAACACAGUCAGCCCAGCCGUCUUCCUCAGGGACGGUGAGGUGGUGAGCGUCCCAGCUGGAGGCUCUCUGAUGGAUUCGGCCACAACAAUGGAUUUCUUCCCUGGUUUCAACCUGGAGGGAUUUCCCAACCGCGACAGCACCAAGUACGCCGAGCCGUACGGCAUCCAGACGGCUCACACGCUCAUCAGAGGAACGCUGCGCUUCAAGGGUUUCUCCAAAGCCAUGGGUGGUUUUGUUAAGCUGGGUCUGAUCAACUCUGAGCCCAGUCCAGUUCUGCAGGACCUUGAAUCUACCAUUUCCUGGAAAGAGCUCCUCUGUCAGCAGAUGGGCUUACCUCCAUCCAUCUCCCAGGAAGCCUUCGAGGACGCCGUCUACAAAAGGAUCGGAGAGGACCAGUUCAGGAUGGACACGCUGAGAUGGUUAGGGAUGCUCUGCGACGACGCCGUGCCUCAUGCAGACUCCAUUCUGGCUGCUCUUGCAAAGCACCUGGAGGCCAGACUCUCCUUUGCUAAAGGCGAGCAGGACCUGGUGGUUAUGAGGAACGAGGUGGGGCUGCGGCAUCCAACCGGUGAGCUGGAGACCAGAGAGAUCAGCCUGGUGGUUUAUGGGGAACCCAACGGUUUCUCUGCCAUGGCCAAGACAGUGGGGUUUCCUGCAGCCAUUGCUGCCCGCAUGGUUCUGGAUGGGGAAAUCGGCACCAAGGGCCUGGUGGUCCCCAUGACCAAGGACAUCUAUGGGCCGGUUCUGACCCGGCUGAAGGAGGAAGGACUGAACAUCAUAUCCAAGAGCACCCUGCAGGAGUAGGACAGCAAUACCCUAAGAGCCGUCAGUCUGCUGGUCGACUCGUGUUCAAACCCCUCUCCUCAGAAAAAGCUUUAAGGCCAAACAAUUGGACAAAAUCACCACAUAUGGAACGGUUACAUGUUAAAUGACCUCUAUGCUCCUAGUUUUCUGUUACAGGUCCUUCCAGGUUAGGAUGGUUCUGCCUAAUGUUUCCAGUCUGUUGCAGCUCAGAGGUUCACUGUUACAGACGGAGGAAAGGAGCCAAACAUUGUCGACACUAACGUCCAGGCAGAGACGAUCAGUCAGAAACCUGCGUAUGGAGCGGGCUUUAAACGCCUCGGCAUCGCUGAUGACAUCACAGUUUCUGUUUAUCUGAUCAAGUAGAGCCUGUUUCCACUACAGGCGCUGCUCUGAGGAAGCAGACUAUUUAUUCUCUGACCAGAUGAACUAAUCCUUUUGAAAUGUGGAAAAAAAAAAAGUAUUUUUGCUUGUAGUAGAGAUCUAUUUUUAGAAAAUAUGUUGUGCUUCUAUAGUUGAAUGUUUGUAGAUGAGAAACGUUUAUAAAGGAGAGAUGUCCCAGAAAGUCCAACAUGUCUAACAUCUGGUUUUGAUGACUGAAUUAAACCUUCA